AUUACUGCCUGAAAAGGUCCUGCAGAGCUGAGCAGCCAAGAUGUGUGACUUCACCGAGGACCAGACCGCAGAGUUCAAGGAGGCUUUCCAGCUGUUUGACUGAACAGGUGAUGGCAAGAUCCUGUACAGCCAAUGUGGGGACGUGAUGAGCCCUGGGCCAGAAUCCUACCAACGCGAGGUGCUCAAGGUCCUGGGGAACCCCAAGAGCGAUGAGAUGAAUGUGGAGGUGCUGGACUUCGAGCACUUCCUGCCCAUGCUGCAGACUGUGGCCAAGAACAAGGACCAGGGAACUUAUGAGGACUAUGUCGAAGGCCUUUGUGUGUUCGACAAGGAAGGGAAUGGUACCGUCAUGGGUGCUGAAAUCCAGCAUGUCCUCGUCACACUGGGAGAGAAGAUGACAGAGGAGGAAGUGGAGAUGCUGGUGGUGGGUCAUGAGGAGAGCAACGGUUGUAACAACUAUGAAGAGCUUGUCCGGAUGGUGCUGAACGGCUGAGGACACUUCCAGAUCCCGAGCCUGUGCCUUGCCCAGUGUGGGAUCUCCUGUGGCCCCUCCUAGGCUCCCUUGUCACAGCACCUUGCCAUCUGGUCUCUUCUGGAUGUCUGUCUUCACCAAAUAAAAUUCUCUCUUU